CGACAGCGUCACCAAUACCCACUCCUUGCGAGCCGCUCAGUCAGAUAGAGUUAGGAGUUACUUUCUUCACUUAGUGCGUAGCUUCCGGCCGGUAGACCGAGAAACCCUCUCUCCGUUAGUAUUGAUGGCGGAACCGAAGAACCAAUUCGUCUUGGACAGGACAAUGGGAAGCCUCGUCCGAGCCGGCGAGGCCAGCUUGCUCCAUGGGAUCAACGUAGACGCAAUUCGGCCUGCCAAAAGUGCCGCUAGCGGCGGAGACUCUCGUCGCAGUGCUGAUGCACUUACGCUUUUCCUCUCAAGCAAAGCCUUCUGCACUUUCCGCUCUGCAAUACUCGAUGAAUUCUUUUGUAUUGUGGAUGUUGAACAAUGGAGAGAAGCUCUCGCGCAGCCAGAAUUGGUGGAGGUCUUCGCCAUGACCACUUUUUCGCCUAUGCAUGGUAGAUACCUGAUCGAUCUCUCUCAAUCUGAGCUCAACGACCUAGCUUACUGGCAAGACUCUGCCUGGGAACUUAGAAAGCCGCUUGCAAAGGCACUGUUCUUCGUACUAGGUUUCCUUUUGAGCGAUUGCGGCCGAUGCCGCAUCAAUUAUCAUAUCCUUGGCGAACUCACGUAUCUGCUAAUUAGCGCAAAUCCGGAGGAUAGGAGGAUGAUUGAUGUCCGGAGUUUCCUUCUCGACAGAGUGUCCCGACUCGUUCGGGAGGAAUUUGCCAAGUUGGAACUUUCAUGGUGGAUGGACUUCGGAUCCAGAGCUUGGAUUACCUAUCUCAUGGCGGAUUUAGCAGGCGUAAAUCGCCGAUGGGCGCUCACUGGCGAAGGUUGCAGCGGUCUCGAUCAAUCGGAAGAAGUCGGGCGAUUGGUUCGGCGGAUCAAGUUCGGACUCUCGCAACUCACCCUUGCGGCAUUGGAAGGCACUUGAAGGAGAUCUGGAGAAACCGAAGACAGAAUGUGGUUAAUCAUGAAGAAGGGCAGUUAGAAUCAAUCAAGAAUGGAAUC